AUGAAGCAUACUUAUUGUCAAAACGACGAAGAACGUCGUUGGUUUCUAACAAAUGAAAUUGAAUUAUUUCGUUAUCGUUUUAAUCUAAUGACAAAAACUGAGCAGUUGUCAUAUCUAAAAAAUUCACCAAAUAUUAAACAAUUUUAUGAUGUAGUCAAUGAUGAACAAAAACAAGAACUGAAACAAGAACUAAUUAAUUCAUCAUCCUCAUUCCAUUAUACUCAUAUUCAACAAACUUUCGAUGAAGUAACUUAUUUUCGCGUACGUUUUCAACAUGUUCCGGAUCUUGUUCGUUUACGACGAUGUUAUUUACGUGCAGGUUAUGCUUAUAUAUCUGAACAUGAUAUUAUUUCAUUUGUUUUACAACAAUAUCGAACAAGUUUAUCGUAUCAAAUGACGUGUGCAUCGAAAAAAUUUCAUUUAAUGAAAAAAUUAGACACACGUAUUGCAUCAGUACUAAAAGUUUUGGGUAUGAAACGAACAGUGGGUGUAACAACAACAAAUUUUAAUGAAAAUGAACAGACAGAAACAAUUACAUACGAUAUGUUAGAUACAUUGGCUAAAAAAUCUUAUCCAUUAUGCAUGAGACAUUUACAUGAACAAAUGACAAAACAACAUCAUCUAAAACAUUUAGGACGAUUACAAUAUCGACUCUUUCUUAAAGGUAUUGGUUUAUCUUUGGAUGAAUGUUUGAAAUUUUUUCGAAAUGAAUUUGUUAGUAAUGGUUCAAUGAAUCCUACACAGUUUGAACGCGAACAUGUUUAUAAUAUUCGCCAUGCUUAUGGCCAGGAAGGGAAACAUACAUCGUACACACCAUAUAGCUGUGUAAAAAUAAUUCAGGACCCACCUCCAGGUGUCAAUGAGUAUCAUGGUUGCCCAUAUCGUCACUGGGAUCCAAAUACAUUGAAACAACGUUUAUCAACAAAUUACGGUAUUCAUGAUGAACAAGUAUUGAAUGAAAUUGUUGAUCGUUCACAAAAUCAUCAUUAUCAAAUUGCUUGUCAGAUAUAUUUUGAAUAUCAACAUAAUGUAAAAAAUCAUGGUAUUGGAAUUAAUCAUCCGAAUCAAUAUUUCAAUGAGAGUAGAAAAAUACUAACCGGUGGUGCUACAGCCUCAACUAAACCAACAGAAUCUUGA